GUGAAUCAACAGAGCUGUGGAGACCUGCUGGGAGUUACAUGUUAGUUCUGUCUCUGCUUGGAGCGACUGAUUCAUUUCACCGUCACUCAUCAGCAGAUUCUCUUCAGAAGGUGGAGGCUCUGCUAUGGAUCAGAGUGAGGACAGAGAGGAGGAAGCCCCCCCCUCUAAAAGCUCUGGGGAACAUGACAGCCAGACCAAAGCUCAGAGCCCAGAGCAAACACCACAUCCUGCUGGACCUGGACCUGAACCUGGACCUGGACCUGAACCUGGACCUGGACCUGGAGCUGGUCCUGAACCUCGUCCUGAACCUGGUCCUGAACCUGGUCCUGGACCUGUACCUGGACCCAGCUCUGUGUCCAGUAACCAGCUUACUGCCAGAGACCAGAACCAGGGAGAAAAGAUGGAGACACCUAGAGAAGUCCUAUUCAAAACUUUAAAAGAUUUGGGGGAAAAUGAGUUUAAAGACUUCAAGUGGUACCUGGAGGGGAAGGUCCUAGGAUUCCCAGGAAUCCCAAAGAGUGAACUAGAGAAAGCAGACCGAGGGGACACAGUGGAUCUGAUGCUUCGGGACUACGACAUAAACACCAUUAAAGUGACCAGAGACGUUUUGAAGAAGAUCCCGAGGAAUGAUCUAGAAGAGGAAUUAUCAAAAACCUCAUCAGACCCUAAAGAUAUUCUCACAAAGUGCCAAGGUGAACUCAAAUCAAACCUGAAGGAAACAUUUAAAAAUAUCAAAUUAAUGGAAAAAUCUGAACCCCUACAUGAAAUCUACACGGAGAUCUACAUCCACCGGGGAGACACCACAGAGGUCAACAAGGAACAUGAGAACAGACAGAUCGAACGAGCAUCCAGGAAACCAGACAGACCAGAAACAACCAUCAGACAAGAAGACCUCUUUAAAGGCUCAACUGAAAGAGGUAAACCAAUCAGAGCAGUGAUGACAAAGGGUGUGGCUGGCAUUGGGAAAACAGUCUUAACACAGAAGUUCACUCUGGACUGGGCUGAAGGCAAAGCCCACCAGGACAUCCAGUUCAUAUUUCCAUUCACCUUCAGAGAGCUGAAUGUGGUGAGAGAGAACAAGUACAGCUUGGUGGAACUUGUUCAUCACUUCUUCUCUGAAACCAGAGAGGCAGGAAUCUGCAGGUUUGAUCAGUUCAAGGUUGUGUUCAUCUUUGACGGUCUGGAUGAGUGUCGACCUCCUCUGAAAUUCCACAACACUGAGAUCCUGACUGAUAUCAGAAAGUCCACCUCAGUGGAUGUGCUGCUGAGAAACCUCAUCAGGGGGAAACUGCUUCCCUCUGCUCGCCUCUGGAUAACCACACGACCUGCAGCAGCCAAUCAGAUCUCUCCUGAGUGUGUGGACAUGGUGACAGAGGUCCGAGGGUUCACUGACCCACAGAAGGAGGAGUACUUCAGGAAGAGAUUCAGAGAUCAGAAGCAGGCCAGAACCAUCAUCUCCCACAUCAAGACCUCACGAAGCCUCCACAUCAUGUGCCACAUCCCAGUCUUCUGCUGGAUCUCUGCUUCAGUUCUGGAGGACAUGUUGAAAACUGAGGGAGGAGAGCUGCCCAAGACCCUGACUGAGAUGUACAUCCACUUCCUGGUGAUUCUGUCCAAAGUGAACGUCAAGUAUGAUGAAGGAGCCGAGACGGAUCAAGACUGGAGUCUAGAGACCAGGAAGAUGAUCGAGGUUCUGGGAAAACUGGCUUUUGAGCAGCUGCAGAAAGGCAACCUGAUCUUCUCUAAGUCCAACCUGAGAGAGUGUGGCAUCGAUAUCAGAGCAGCCUCAGUGUACUCAGGAGUGUUCACACAGGUCUUUAGAGAGGAGAGAAGAAUGUACAAGAACAAGGUGUUCUGCUUCGUCCAUCUGAGCGUUCAGGAGUUUCUGGCUGCUCUUCAUGUCCAUCUGAUCUUCAUCAACUCCGAGGUCAACCUGAUGGCCCCCUGUUGGUCUAAAGUCUUCAGAGCCAAACCUAAACAUCUCUACCAGAGUGCUGUGGACAAGGCCUUACAGAGUCCAAACGGACACCUGGACUUGUUCCUCCGCUUCCUCCUGGGUCUUUCAAUGGAUGCAAAUCAGAAACUCCUACCCGACCUGCUGACACAGACAGUAAAGGACUCACAGAUCAACAAUUUAACAGUUGAAAACAUCAAGAAAAAGAUAAGAAAGAACCCGUCUCCAGAGAAAAGCAUCAACCUGUUCCACUGUCUGAAUGAACUGAAUGAUCGUUCUCUAGUGGAGGAGAUCCAACAGUCCCUGAGUUCAGGAAGUCUCUCCACAGAGGAUCUGUCUCUUGCUCAGUGGUCGGCUCUGGUCUUCAUCUUACUGUCAUCAAAAGAAGAUCUGGACGUGUUUGACCUGAAGAAAUACUCUGCUUCAGAGGAGGCUCUUCUGAGGCUGCUGCCAGUGGUCAAAGCCUCCAGGAAAGCUCUGCUGAGUGGCUGCAACCUGUCAGAGAGAAGCUGUGAAGCUCUGUCCUCAGUCCUCAGCUCCCAGUCCUCUAGUCUGAGAGAUCUGGACCUGAGUAACAACGACCUGCAGGAUUCAGGAGUGAAGAAGCUGUCGGGUGGACUGGAGAGUCCACACUGUGACCUGGAGACUCUCAGUCUGUCAGGCUGUAUGGUCACAGAGGAAGGCUGUGUUUCUCUGGCUUCAGCUCUGAGCUCCAACCCCUCCCAUCUGAGAGAGCUGGACCUGAGCUACAAUCAUCCAGGAGACUCAGGAGAGAAGCUGCUGUCUGCUGGACUGGAGGAUCCACUCUGGAAACUGGAGACUCUCAGGCUGGACCAUGGUGGAGAGCAGUGGUUAAAACCACAUCUGAGAAAGUAUUCCUGUGAACUCACCCUGGACUCAGACACAGCAUACAGAGAACUCAAACUGUCUGUGGACAACAGGAAGGUGACACGUGUGUGGGAGGAUCAGCCAUAUCCUGAUCAUCCAGAGAGGUUUGACUCCUGGCCUCAGCUGAUGUGCAGAGAAGCUCUGAAUGGUCUCUGUUACUGGGAGGUCAAGUGGAGAGGAAGGGUUUCUAUAUCAGUGACUUACAGAGGAAUCAGCAAGAAAGGAGGCGGUGGGGACGGUAGGUUUGGAAGGAAUGUUCAGUCCUGGAGUCUGAGAUGCUCUGAUCGUGGUUACUCUGUCUGGCACAAUAAGAGAAGAACACCCAUCUCCUCCUCCUCCUCUUCCUCCUCCUCCUCCCCCUUCUCCCCCUCCUCUGGUAGAGUAGCAGUGUAUCUGGAUCAUCCUGCUGGCUCUCUCUCCUUCUACAGAGUCUCCUCUGACACACUGACCCACCUCCACACCUUCAGAACCACAUUCACUGAACCUCUCUACGCUGGGUUUAGGGUCGGUUUCUGGAUCGAAGGUUCCUCAGUGUCUCUGUGUCCUCUGUAGGAGGAGACCACUUCCUGUCCUGGGGUUUAAAUGUUGGUGUUUUAAAUCGAGGCUUCUCAUUGGUUACCAUGUGUCUCACUGAUUGUGUCUUUACUGUCAGAAAUGUGUUUUUUCUAAAAACUGAACGUGUAUUGAAACGCCAUGUCCGUCUUGAUCCGUCAGUGUUUCCUGUUUUAUUUUGAAAAGUGUUUAUACUUCCUUUCUUUGUGAUUAGCUCUGUUGUGUUAGAGCAGUGUUUCUCAGAGUUUCUCAUACCAAGGACCUCUUAACCAAUAAAAACA